AUGCCCACCAGCUUCCCCAGGGUUUUUCAAAUCAACGAGCUGGAGAUGGAGGUGACCAACCAAUUGGCCAUGCUGGAGAAGAGAGUGGACUUGGAAGGAUUCAAGGUGGUGGAGAUAGAACAGUACAAUAAUGACCUUAAGAAACGACAAAAUGAGAUGGCAUCUAGAAGAGACACAAGGUGAUGCUGACAGACAUCAUCACACUGUCCCUGUAAAUAUAACUUCUCCGAGGACGGGAAGAAAGCAGCUCCUAGGCGUGAUGUGCUGAGCUGCCCAAAGUACUCACCUAGGGGAGGAACGAGGCUGAAGGAGCCCAGCUUUGAUGUGUGGCACUGGCAGCACAAUGAGAUGCUGAGCUGUUUGGAGUACAAGUGCCUGGCAAAGAAGUUUAACAUGAACCCCAUAACACUCAGAUGUUGGCUGAUAAACUGA